AUGUAUGACCCUUCGCUGAGGACGAAGUCUUACAUCACCUUUGGUGUAAUAUGUGCUGGUUUGGCCUUUAUGAUUCCAAUCGUAUUCAAACCAUUUUUCCUACGCAUGUUGGGUCACGACCCCGAGCCACCACCAUAUGUAAACAACGAUGAUCGAUAUCGAACUAAUAGGGAAAAGCUCUUUGGAAACAAGAAUGAAACGGCGCCUUCCCAAAAGGAGAAAUACUUGAAAGACUAUUAUCGCAACUUUCGCUAUAAUGUUGAGAAAGAAAAAUUCAUGAUGGACAGCGAUUCCUCCGACGAGGAUAACUUUCUUCUGAGAGACAGUCUCGGCGGUACAAGUCGAAAGUCUCACAGCCGCGGUAGAAAUCCAAGGAGUGCCUUCGACUGGUCACGUGCAUAUGGAGAAAAUGAGGGGGACCUGGGAAUGUCACCUGACAUAUAUCGUUCCGCAAAGAGUCUCCCAAGGGACCUUGAGUACCUUCUGAAAAAGGUUGACGACAACAACCUUGAUGACGCCGAAGUUCAUCGUCUGCGUGUUCGUCUCGAGGAAGUGGAGCAGGAAAUGACUCGUCUCCUGGAGGUUGUAAACUCAGCCGCUCUGCCUAGAACUUCAGCCAUGAUGACACCUGCCUGCAAUCAUCACCAUAAUCAUCCUGCACAUCUCAGAGAAGGACAGAUGCGCGGCAGUUUGGAGUGCAGUGAGAAGACGGACGACGAAGAGGCCCUGCUUUCAGCCAGUGAAGGUGAAGGCGAAAACAAUGAAGUAAGCUGCGGUGCAGGUGUAUUUUCACCCAGAGGGUUCUCUCUCUAA